UUGUCUUUUGUAUUAAUUAAUUAAAAUUUUAUUUAAACAUUCAAAACCUUGAAAAUGCCAAAUCGUCUUAAUGAUGCUAUUAGCCGCUGCUUGAAAGACAAAUUUAGUACGGAGGGUACCAACUGUUUAAAAUUUAGAUAUGAUGUCAAGUACUCUUCAGAGGACGAUAGCCGAAGAAUUGAUGUUAGAUACCAGUUCGAAAAAGCGAAUGAGCCCUCCACUAAACAAGGGACUAACUGCUUCACGGCCGUUGUAAAAGAUUCAACUUCAGACGCGAGUAAUUCCAAUGAGUUUACGAUGCAUUUGGUGGUCUUACCUCAAAUUAAGGAAAUUUUUAAAGAACACAACGUCAUUUGGAAUGGCCAUGUGACGAAAUUCGGCGUAGAAAACUUUUACUUUAAAGAUAAUUUCAUGUUUUUGGAAUACCAACCAAGUGGAAACAUUGCCUGGAGUAGUCUGGCGUCAUCUGAUGCAAAAACCGUUUUGCGAAAAUUGGCCCAAUUUCAUGCUUGUUCUUUGGUGUAUUUAAAAAAGAUUUCCAUAGAUAAUAUUAUAUCUAAGACUUCGCCCUUAUUGGCUAAUAAUGAAGUGGAAACCCGCAUGUAUGCUGCCAUUAAAACUAUAGAAGCAUAUUGGCCAGAAUUUAAAGAAAGCACUACAAAAAUGCGCAGCUGUGUGGAAACAUUUCGCAAACGUUUAACUCAUCUGUUGGAUAGAAAUGGGCAAACGUUGAAAGUUAUCGCACUUGGUGAACCAUACAUGAAAAAUAUGCAUUUUCGAUGCCAAACAAACAGAUAUGGAAAUCCUGAACGAGUAGAAGAUGUUUUGUUUUGUAACUUCAAAAAUUGCUUCAUUGGCAGUUGUGGCUAUGAUUUGAAUUUAUUCCUCAAGACCUGUUUGAACUUCGAUGCUCUGACUCGGGAACGUUAUAAACUUCUUCAUUGCUACUAUGAACAUUUCUCAGCAACAUUGAAAACUUUAAACGAAAACUCCAUUCCCAGUUGGCAGACAAUUUUGGAUGACGUGCAUGAAUUUGAAUUUAUCGGUUUUUAUGGUUUACUUUGUGAAAUGCCAUUUUGUCAGGUGAAAAGCGAUCUUCCGAAAUGCUAUAUACUGGGGGAUACGAGAAAUAAGGAAAUUGUGCCAAUUUCGUUUGAACAAGAGUAUGAGAUUAUCCUGAAAACCUCACACAUAGAAGAGAUUUUUAAGUAUGGACUGUAUCGUUUUAAUGAGCUUCGUGUAUGGAAUUCUAACAUAGAUUGGGAGGGAAAACAGGAGAACGUGGAUGAAUUUGUUAAGCUGAAUGCGCCUAUAAAUUGAUAAAAAUGAACUGUUUGUCUACAUACAUACAUAUAUACAUAUCUACGAAGUUACGUCAUUUGCAUGAAGCAUUUAUUUCGGUUUUAUUAAGCUACACCCUAAUAAAAGGAAUAAGUUCCAAAACUAUAUGGCCUCCUAAAUUUUAUAAAUAAUCAUUAUUUUU